CGGACGAGGAUUAGAAACGACUAAACCGGACUUGGUACACAAAAACACUUGAAAAUCUCCAUUUAAUUAGGGAAUCAAACUGCGACGGUGGUCAAAGAAGCCACCACCAAAAAAAAUAAAAAUGGCGGAAAACGUUGGAAGCGUCGAGAGCGAGUUCGGCAGCGUCACCUCCUCUCAGAUAUCUUUCCUCAAGAACUGCCCCUUCGCCGAUCCUCUCAACGGAGCAGCGAAACAAACAGACUCCGACACCACGGAGGUUCUCGGGACUCCGGUCGCCAGAACUCCUCUCCUCUCCUCGCUCUCGACUCCGAUCGGCCUCGAUUCCGUCAACGAUGAAGACGUGUUCCGUACUCCUCCCGAGAACGCGUCUCUCUCCUCCUCCUCCGCGGCCGAGUCCGAACCGAGAGCUAGGGUUUCGAAAUUGAAAUCGAAAUCUCCUCCGCCUGUUUCUGCUUCGGCGUCUCUCGCGGUGAGAAACCUUAGGGUUUUGGAGACGAAUCGUAUCGCUGAUGAUCCCGAGGAACCUGUUCCAGGAGGAGGAGGUUCGGAAUCGAAAUCGAAAUCUCCGCCGCCUGUUAGGGUUUUGGAGAUGAAUCGUGUUUCCGAUCCCGAGGAACGUGUGACGGAGGUGAGGACUCUAACUUCUCCGCCUUCUCCCGCGGCCGGCAAUGUUAGGGUUCCGGGAAGCAAUUUUGUCUCCGAAUCUCCUUCUCCGCCGACUGUUGCCGCCGGCGAUGUUAGGGUUCCGGCAAAGCGUUCCGGUCUCGAUUCUCCUUCUCCGGGAAAGCACUCCGAUCUCGAUUCGUCUCCACCGUCUGCAACUGAAGGAAUCAAGAGCACUGAAAGUGGUGACGAUUGUGAGAUUGAGAUUCCGUUCAAAGAAGUUAUCGAAGCUCUUCUCCGUAACAGUGGAGAGAAUCUCGACGAAAGAGAUGAAAGAGUUAGCUACGUUGACAUCCUCAAACAAUGUGGCCUUAAGUUUCCCUAAAUAGAUUCGAUUUCAACUUGUUUCCUUUUCUUUUGCGUUUUGUUUCCUUGACCCACAAGUAAUCGUUAGCUUAUUAAUAAAAAAAAGGGAAACAUUUGCUACA